UGGUUACCGCUCACGUGACCUAAGGUUUGGUCACGUGACUAACGCUCACAGUGAAAGGCAUUUUAAUCGCUCUGGUAGUACAUUCCUUUAGUUGAAGCUGAUAUUUGCCUCGUUUCUUUAGAGACGGCGAGAGAAUGAGGAUGCUGAGGGAAACUCUGGCUCUCCUGUUCCUCUGGGCCUGCCUGGGCCCUGCAGCCGCCGCACGGAGCUGCUCGUCGUUUUUCUGCAGGAAAUCUCACAGAGUCAGCGGUCUGAAUGGAGUGGACCCCGGGGCUCCUCUGUUUAUCACUCCCUAUCUGGAGAAGGGCGCCAUAGAUGAAGCCAGGAAACUAAGUAUGGUUGGAAAAAUGCCUGGGGCGAAUGUCAAGAGUUACUCUGGAUACUUCACAGUCAACAAGACCUUCAACAGCAACCUCUUUUUCUGGUUCUUCCCUGCACAAAUGACAAGGCAGAACAAAGCCCCAGUACUGCUCUGGCUGCAAGGUGGACCAGGUGGCACCUCCAUGUUCGGUCUCUUUGUGGAACACGGACCUUAUGUGGUGUACAAGAACAUGACUGUCGGUUUAAGGGAUUACUCAUGGACGAGCAGAUAUUCAGUUUUGUACAUUGACAAUCCGGUUGGAACAGGUUUCAGCUUUACUGAUGAUGACAGAGGCUUUGCUCAGAACCAAGAUGAUGUUGGCAGAGAUCUGUACAGUGCUUUAACACAGUUCUUCCAACUCUUUCCUGAGUAUCAGUCCAAUGAGUUUUAUGCAACUGGGGAGUCAUAUGCAGGAAAAUAUGUUCCUGCCAUUUCCUAUUACAUCCACAAAAACAAUCCCACGGCAAAGGUGAAGAUCAACUUUAAGGGCAUGGCUAUUGGUGACGGACUCUGUGAUCCAGAACUGAUGCUGGGUGGUUAUGGAGAGUUCCUGUAUCAGACAGGAAUGAUAGACAAACUCCAAAAACAGUACGUGGACAAGCAGACGGACCUCGGCGUGGAACUCAUCCAGCAGCAGAAAUGGGUGGAGGCUUUUAAGGUUUUUGACUCUUUGCUGAAUGGAGACGUGGAUCCGUAUCCGUCCUUUUUCCAAAAUGCUACAGGCUGCACCAACUAUUAUAACUACAUGACAUGCCAGGAACCUGAAGACCAGGAGUACUUCUCCCAGUUUGUGACUUUGCCUGAUGUGCGGAAAGCCAUCCAUGUGGGUAACCUGACCUUCCAUGACGGCUCCGAGGUGGAGAAGCACCUAGUGCAGGAUGUCAUGAAGAGCAUCAAACCAUGGUUGGGGAUUCUGAUGGACAACUAUAGGGUCUUAAUCUACAGCGGUCAGCUGGAUGUGAUUGUAGCAGCUCCUCUGACCGAGAGGUUUCUACCAACUGUCAACUGGAGCGGAGCCGCCGAGUAUAAAACCGCUCCCCGGUUCCACUGGAAGCUCCAGCCCGGCGACACCGAGGUGGCAGGUUAUGUCAGACAAGUCGGAGAGUUUUUCCAGGUCAUCAUCAGAGGAGGAGGCCACAUCCUGCCUUACGACCAGCCAGCAAGGUCCUUUGAUAUGAUCGACAGAUUCUUGUCAACACAGGGAUGGGUGUGAAAUGGUGUUAAUAUAUAGAACACACUGAUUGACUUGUGUUGAUUUUAAAGACUUUUGAUUGUCACAACAAACGUAAAUGAACUGUUUCUGUAUAUAGUUUUGCAACAGUUUAAAAGAAAAGUAUUUAAUUUCUUUAAAUUGGUCACCACUAAUGAAUUUAUACAAUUUCUCAAUGACUUGAAUUCAGUUGACAAUUUUGUUUUUCUUAUUUUUACACAGAUCGAUUUGAAAUGGUUUUUGUGUGUGUGUUUUAAAAAGUGGCUUGUUUUAUUAGUUUUCAAUGUUUUGGUUUAGAAUUUUACAUGAUCUUGCUUUUACAAGUAUUGGUAAUUUUGAAAAUGCACACAAGGGGUCGCUGUAAUUCAGUGAACUGCAACUGCAGACAAAAAAAUAGAUUCUGAUCACAUCAUGGUCAAUGAUGGUGACAUUUUGUGAAAACAGUUAAAUCUUUGAUUAAUUUUAAUUUGAGAGAUUGUUGAAUAAAUCCCUAAAAUAUGUAA